UUCAAUGGAAACUGAUACUUUUUUCGAUGUAUUCCAUGACUAUGAAUCUAAAACAAAAAAGUUAAAGACAAAUGAAUAUAAAAUUAAGUUAAUGGCGGAUAUAAAACCAGAGGAAUUGGUUAUUAAAACAAAUGAUGUUAAUAUGGAAGAUGAGAGAGAGCCCCAGGAAGUUUUAGAUGCAAUUGAUGUAGAUGAUAUGCCCUGUAUUAUGGUACACACGGUUGAAACUUCUGAAUCUUGUUUACACGAGGUAGCUAUACCACCAGGCACAGAGUAUUUCCCUUUAAAAAAUAUUGCAAAUAAUCUAGCUAAAAACAAGGAGAUAUUAGAAAAUUCCACUAAAAAUAAUAUGAUAGAUGGGUCUCCCUCUCAAUCCAUAGAAAAUUCUGAACAGCAAGAAAUUAUUCCUAAACCUGCAAAAGAAUACCCUUUCAUCCUAGAUCCUUUUCAAAAGGAAGCUAUUAUGGUAUUGGAAAAUUACCAGAGCAUAUUAGUUUCUGCUCAUACUUCAGCUGGGAAAACUGCAAUUGCCGAGUAUGCAAUAGCCAUGUCUUUAAGAGAUAAGCAAAGAGUAAUAUAUACAACACCUAUUAAGGCCUUAAGUAAUCAAAAAUACCGUGAAUUGUUUGAAGAAUUUAAAGAUGUUGGAUUGAUGACAGGGGAUAUAACUAUUAAUCCUACAGCAAGUUGUUUAGUCAUGACAACAGAGAUUUUAAGAAGUAUGCUAUACCGUGGAUCAGAGGUAAUGAGAGAAGUUGGAUGGGUUAUAUUCGACGAAAUACACUACAUGAGAGAUAAAGAACGUGGAGUAGUUUGGGAAGAAACUAUAAUUCUCUUGCCCGAUAAGGUCCAUUACGUGUUUUUGUCAGCGACUAUACCUAACGCAACACAAUUCGCCGAAUGGAUUUGUUAUUUGCAUCAUCAACCUUGCCACGUUGUUUAUACUGAUUACAGGCCUACGCCCCUACAACAUUACGUUUUUCCAGCUAACGGCGAUUGUCUAUACUUAGUCGUUGAUGAGAAUGGUGAUUUCAAUGAAGGAAAUUUUUCAUCCGCCAUGACGGCUUUGAGAGACACUGGUGAUAACGACGAUAGGGGCAGAAAAGGUGGAUCUAAUAAAAAUGAAAACGAUGUCUUCAAAUUGAUCAAGAUGAUUAUGGAAAGAGAUUUUCAACCCGUUAUAGUAUUUAGUUUUAGUCGAAAAGAAUGCGAGUUUCACGCUUUACAAGUCUCUAAAAUGGAUUUCAAUACAAUCGAAGAAAAAGCAUUAGUGGAAGAGGUUUUUAACAACGCGAUCGAUAUUUUAUCUGACGACGAUAAGAAGUUGCCUCAAAUCAACCAUCUUUUACCGAUCUUAAAAAAGGGGGUAGGCAUUCAUCAUUCCGGUCUUCUCCCCAUAAUCAAGGAGACUAUCGAAAUACUAUUUUCCGAGGGGUUAAUUAAGGCGUUAUUUGCGACUGAAACGUUUUCUAUGGGUUUGAACAUGCCUGCUAGGACGGUAUUAUUCACAAGUUGCAGGAAAUAUGAUGGAACAGAUAACAGAUGGAUAUCGUCAGGAGAAUACAUACAAAUGAGUGGAAGAGCCGGAAGGAGAGGGAUUGACGACAAGGGUAUCAUUAUACUCAUGAUUGAUCAAAGAAUGGGCUCUGUUAUAGGCAAAGAUAUCAUCAAAGGUAAAGCAGAUCCCUUAAACAGCGCGUUUCAUUUGACAUAUAAUAUGGUUUUAAACCUACUGAGAGUUGAAGGAAUAAAUCCUGAAUAUAUGCUGGAGAAAAGUUUUCAUCAAUUCCAAAAUUAUUCCGCUAUUCCUUCUCUCAAAGAAAAAAUGAUUGCAUUAGACAAAGAAUUAGAAUCUUUGGACAUCGAUAAUGAAAGUGAAAUAUCAAAGUUUUAUAAACUAAGGGUCAAGUUAGAAGAGUUGAAUCGAGAUCUGAGAACAAUCAUUACUAAGCCUGAAUACAUUUUACAAUAUUUACAACCCGGACGAAUGGUUAAGAUCAAAAACAAUGAUGAUGAGUUUGAUUGGGGUAUCGUGGUUAACUUUUACAGGAGAGCAAAGAAAACAUCCUCGAAAUUAUCAUCAGGUAAUACUUACCCAUCCAUUUUAUCUAGCCCGGUUGGUCCAAAUAAUAGUGAAGAUUUAUCGAUGAAUAUGAGCGAUCUCUCUAACAAAUUUGAUUACAUAGUCGACGUUUUGGUGAAUAUUCUCAAACAAAAUCCGAAUAACAGAUGCAGUAAAGACAUCAAACCCGCGAUAAACACUGAACGAAGUAACGCUUCUAAUACUCAAAACAACGAUACAAACGCGAAAACUAACGGGACGGUGCCCAAAAGCAAAAAAUUUGACACCAAAAAUAGUGGUCAUGACGAUGCCAAUGAAAUGAUUGUCGUUCCUAGCAUGUUGCCGCUUAUCUACAAAAUAAGUAGCGUGAGGCUAUAUUACCCCAACGAUUUAAAAUCAUACGAAAAUAGGCAAAGCGUGUUAAGGAAUAUACAAGAAAUCAAGACCCGAUUCUCAAACAUAAACAUAUCUUCGUCCAAUACUAACGUUGGCUCUGAUAAUUUAAAUGUAAAAGUCAAAGCGACUAGUGAUAACAUACCCUUGUUGGAUCCCAUUUGUGAUAUGGGUAUUAAAGAACCACAACUCAAAAGUAUCGUCAAAAAAAUAGAAUUAUUGGAAGCUAAAAUUUAUAACCAUCCAAUGUUCAAUAAGCCUGAGAUGGAAAAGGUUUACGUAGACUACGCUAAGAAAAUGGAAUUAUCAAAAGACCGACAAACAGCUUAUAACGAUUUACAAAAAACUAUGUCUAUCAUUAAAAUGGAUGAAUUGAAAUAUAGGAAGAGAGUUUUAAGGAGAUUGGGAUUUUGUUCCGAAAAUGAUGUCAUUGAAUUAAAAGGAAGAGUCGCUUGCGAAAUUUCAACAGGCGACGAAUUAGUUUUAACCGAACUAAUGUUCAAUGGGGCUUUUAAUAAUCUUGAUUGUGAUCAAAUAGUAGCUUUGUUAAGUUGCUUUGUUUUUCAGGAGAAAGCAAUGGAUAUCCCUAAAUUAGAGGCCGAAUUAUCCGCUCCCCUGAAAAUGAUUCAAGAAACAGCCAGAAGAAUAGCUAAGAUCAGUCGUGAAUGCAAAUUAGAGUUAGAUGAGAUGGAUUACGUGUAUAGUUUCAAGCCAAAUCUUAUGGAUGUAGUUUAUGCCUGGAGCAAAGGUUCUCCAUUUCACGAAAUUAUCAAAAUGACAGACGUUUUUGAAGUUUGUAAAGGCUGCGAGAUAUUCGAAGCAUUAAAUUUCAAGUGCACAGAUUCAGUAUUCCAACUAUGCCCAUUUGGAUAUUUUUGUGAUAUGGAUAUAAUUGGUCGAUAUCGCGAACCAGAGGGUUGUUGUUGUCCAAUAGUACCAGGAGGUAUACCAACUAUAAUUACAAUUACCAUUCCACCACCUACAACGACAUCGCUGUCUUCUUCAACCACUACUGCAUUAACUCUUACUGCAGUAAUUAUAGAUGAUCCUGUAGAUUGUUCAGGAGUUCCUACGAUUGCAAAUUGCAAUCCGUGCCCUACAAUGGUUAAUUUAGCGAGCUGCCUACCUCCAUCAACAAUUAUAACUUGCACCCCGGUACCCUGUGAAUAUUGUUAUUAUAUUUUGACUAAUGAAAAUCUCGUCAGAACAGUCUGUACACCGGCCUAAAGCUUUUUAAAAAUAUAAAUAACAAUUUAAUAAUGAUAUUUAGCAAAUUUAUUGCAAAUCAUUUAUAGUUUGAAUUUUUUCGAAAAACUUUACAACUACACUCAAAUAUUUCAAUAUUUUUUUAAAUAUAAUUUCGUUUAAUAGAAAAUUGAAUAAAUAUAAG